CAAAUUUUCAGGAAAGCUACAGCAGAGUUUUGGAAAAUGAUUAUCUAGCCACUGUUCAUUCUUGGCAAAAACAAAGAAAGAAAAAAAAGACAAAUUCCUUUCGAAUGUAUUUGAACCAGCAAUCCCAAGAUGAAAUAAAUACUGUACCCCUGUAUUCUACAAACUGAGCUAUCAUGUAGCAUUCAUCACUAAAGAAAAUCAUGCUAAGAAAUUUAAUUAAACUCUACUUUGUUGUGCUGUAAUUGUUGUGUUGUCAAUAGCCUGAUAUCAUUUUUAACAAGUUAUGGCCUAGCCAGAGGGAGUUAUGGUAGCUAGUUGUGGAAAAAAUCCACUUAUUCAUUCAGUCACUCGGUCAAUUGAUGGGUCACAACCUUUUGUGGUAAUUCUGUUGACCAGUGCACACAACAUAAGAGGCGACUUUGCUCAACCAUUGUGAACAAAAUAGCUGCCAAAGCAACCACCGAUCUUUCACAUUUGGAGUCAAACAAAUGCCCUAAAAUUAAAGGCUAUUUGGUAUGCAACAAAGGUUGGUGUAAACAUGAUUGUAAUUCAGCCCAUCAAUAGCUUUGACAGUUUUUAACCAAAGGGCCUUUGAUUGUUCCUGAGUUUUUAAUUCUUUUUUGAUCUCCGUCUCUCUUUCACAAAAUUUUCGUUCAUCAUGUGGUAUUAAAAAGUUGAGAAUAAAAACAUUGGGAGGAUCUUAUCAUGUAAUAAUUCACAUAAUUGUCUUUCCCAAGAAUAGAACUCUGGAUAGGCAGGAGACUAGCCAUAUAGAUCAGUGCCCCUUAUUUGUUUUAAACACAUAUAUAUGGACCAAAGUGAAAGUUUGUCAUUUCUUUUGUCAUUCUCCUUCUUAUAAACCAAGCAUCGAGAGAAGAUGCGUGUGGCUGCUGUAUCAAAUUGUGAGAGGCUUGGCAAGUAUCGCAUGCCUUUUGCAUGGACUGCAAUUCACCUUGUUGACAUCAUAAGUGGAAAACAAGCAAGCACUGAUACAGCAGCAACAGCAGCAGCAGCAACAGGCCCUUCACAGGAAAAAGAGACAACUCCAGCAGGAACUCCAGCUAGGAAGCAAUCUGGUAUUGUAGAAACACCCCCUGUUGUGCCACGAAGUAGCAAGCGCAAGGACAGUGAAAGUGUUUCCAGCCGAAGUUCGCUAAUUGAGGCACGCAAGUCAAUUCAUCUGUUAGAUGGCAGUGAACUAGAAGUGGUCCCAGACUUGACGAACUUUAGACCUGUCACACUCACUGUCAGUAGUUUUUUCAAACAGGAAUCAGAUAAAUUGAAAGACGAAGAUCUGUACAAAUUCUUAGCUGACCUGAAAAGACCUUCUUCAGUAUUAAAACGCCUUAAAUGCAUUCCAGGGACACUGAAGCUUGAUAUCUCUCCUCCGGGAGAAAAACCACCAUACUGCCUAACAUCUGAGUUGCAUCAGGUUCACCCAUAUCCAGAUGGACAGGGCAGGCCAACCAAAGAGAUUGAAGAGUUUGCUCCCCGAGAAGUGUUUACUCCAUACCUUACAUUCAAAAACCUUUUGUAUGUGUACCCUUUGAGUGUCAAUUAUACCAGUAGAAGCACAUCUGCCAGAAACAUUGCCGUUAAAGUACAGUUCUUGGCAGGAGAAGACUUAUCACCACUUGAAGUAAGAGACUUAAAGACUCUCUGUUGAACAGCUCGUAUUGCGUGCCUCGGCUCGAAUUUUGUACAAUAUGAAAACCUUCUUUUCGAAGAGUUUUGUAGUAGCUAUUCUAAUCUGUGAUAAUCUGAGCAAUCUAACUUGAUUUUCAACCCGAUAUCAUUCUUCAUCAACAAUAUCGCUCUUUUGGAUUGGGUGAUUAUUUAAGGAGAACAAUUGGUAGUAAAUUGUCUGUUACAUAUUUAAGAAGGUAAACAUUAGCUGGUAUAGUGUGAUUUGCAAAGAGUUAGACCAUAGAGGCUCUUAGGAGAAUCAUCUGAGAAAAUCUGUCCAGGAUUGGUGGAGAAAUAGUAGGGAAGAUGUACUCGGAUGCAAGAAAAAGUACUCCCAUCUGCUGACAGGAGUGUCAGAGAAUUGAUUUUAUUUUCCUUUGUACUGCUGUCAUUGCCUGGUGCCAUUGCUAGCGUUCAGAAAAGGCUAUCACAUCGCUAGUAGAUUCAUCCAAUUUUAGGUUAGCUUCUGUGAGAUUUCUUGACAAGCUCUUUCUCUGCUGCAUUUUAUUCCUGGAGAAGAAAACCCUUCUUGCAAAAAAAGCAAACUGGAAGCGUUUUAGUAUCCGUACAUGACUGGUUAUCGAUUCUAAAGCACAGUAACAAUGAAAU